GAAUUAAAAAUAAGCAUGAGGAAAUUUGGGGAGGAUGAUAUGGUUUGGAUAUUUGCUACCCUCAAAUCUCAUGUUGAAAUGUAAUCCCAUUGUUGGAGGUGGGGACUGGUAGGAGGUGUUUGGAUCACAGGCACGGAUCCCCAUGCAUGGCUUAGCACCAUCACCUUGGUGAUGAGUGUGUUCUCGCUCUGGUAGUUCAUGAGAGACCUAGUUGUUUAAAACAGCUUGGCACGUCUCCCCAUCUCUGUUGCUCCUGCUCUUGCCCUGUGAUAAGCCGGCUCCUUCUUCAUCUUCUUUCAUGAGGCCUCAUCGGAAGUGGAGCAGAUGCUGGUGUCAUGCUUGUACAGCCUGCAGAAUGACACAGAGUCUCGCUGUAUUGCCCAGGCUUCGUCCAAAGUCCUAGCCUCAAGCGAUGAUCCUCCUGCCUUGGCCCCCCAAAGCACUGGAAUUACAGAUAGGGCCAGAUUUGAGUGUGUGAAUUUUUGAGUGAAACCUGGAACCCAAAUGAGAAGAAAUCUGCAAGGAAUAACUGCUGACAGUGAAUCUGCAGAGUCAUCUGUAUGCAUAAUAUGGAAUGUUCUUAACCCAGAGGUAGCUGAAUGUGUUACUCCAUUGCUGAGGAGUGACUAUCUGUUAUAGUCCCUGGGUCAAGACAACAAUUUUUAUACCUUCGUCGUGGUUCAGAAAGGAGCCUCUGUAGAACCAGAAGCAAAGAAAGGAAACAAUCCAAAUUUUUCUUUAUUAAAUUGACUGUGUAAGAUACUUGACUUCCAGGAACAAAAACACGGUGAAAUAAUAAAAUUUCAUCUUGGCAUCACUGGACAUCAUCGUAUUGAGGAGCAUAUCUUUGGAACUUCCUGAGUUGAGAUUUGGAACCUUCAUUGGUGCUCAUUUAUACUGUGGACUGUAAGCAUGAGUGAAUUCUGGUUGUGUUUCAACUGCUGUAUUGCAGAACAGCCUCAGCCUAAAAGGCGACGGCGGAUUGACAGAAGUAUGAUUGGAGAGCCCACAAACUUUGUGCAUACGGCUCAUGUUGGAUCAGGAGACCUGUUCAGUGGAAUGAAUUCAGUUAGCUCCAUUCAGAACCAAAUGCAGUCCAAGGGAGGUUAUGGAGGUGGAAUGCCUGCCAAUGUGCAGAUGCAGCUCGUGGAUACGAAGGCAGGAUAGCCUUGGUCCUUUCUCCAGGUUAUUGUGAAUUUCUAUAUUUUCUCUGUCCACUAUUCUGUAAUUUUUUUUUGUCCUGUGAUUGCGUUUCUUUUAUUUUGAAUUACAAAAAAGAAGUGUGAUGGCACCUUGUCCACCCUGUUGUGAUUAUUCCGGUGAGAUGUUACUGUUCUGCUCUGAAGAAGAUACUGUCAGACGAAUCCUGCAUUUCCUCAGCUGGCAUGCAUGCCUUUGGACUCAUGGAGAGUUCUUUGGAUUGUCACUGAAUUUUCAAUGUUUAAUCAGUAUGGAUCUGAUCUUCGCAUGAUCUUUGUGAAUGCUAACACCAUUUUGCAGUUGUUUUUUUUUCUAUUUUAAACAUUUUUCUUUUCACUGCCGACCCCCUGCCUUACGAUUUUAUUGGAAAGCAAGGACCUGCUAUUAUUUGUUAAUUUGCCAUCAUUUAUGUAUAUUUUGGAAGGUAUGAGACCCACAAGCACAAUGAUCAUUUUUAUUUGUUUGAAACUUCAGCAGAAUAGAUAUCUGCAUGCUUUAUGAAGUUGCUUCAGUAAGAGCCCAUGGGAUGCCAGAAAUUAACAUUUCUUUGCUGCCAUGGGCUGAUGAUGCUGCUACUAGAUAAAGUUUAGCUGUGGCACUAAGUCACGUCAUUUUCAUAGAAAAAGAUUACUUGUAGCUUAUUUUAGAAGUAUGACCUUUUGGUCUGAUUAGAAUUGCAAUAAAAGAAAAGCUUGCAUUCAUAAGGCAUUCAUUCUGUUGUAAAUGUUCAAUAUAUUUAUUUUGAGAGCAAGGACCUGUGGUUGUAAACAGGUGUGGUUACAGGUGUGGUUAUGUAUCUUGAGUGUUGUGGUCAUACUCUCAUCCAGUCCGAUCCUGAGCAUCUUCAUCUUAUUAGCUGUUCGUUUCUUUGUGCACUCAUUCUUUUAUUUUUACUUCUUUUUAAUGUUAUGGUAUCCAGUUGUUUCCAGUAGCAGUUUCUUGAACUUCUGGCCUGUACUACUAACUGCAGACCUCCAGAGUCACUGGCCUUUCUGUGCUCUACAUAUUUUAGGGGCCACAUCAGUUGCCAAGAGCAACAUACAUACUGACCUGGCUGAAUUAUUGCCAGUGAAAACAACCUGUACGAAGCCUUUGCUCAGGUUCUAAAAUAUGUUUGUCCUUGCACGAAUUUUGUAUAUUUCAAAUACUUCUGUAAAGGUUUCUUAUUUUCUGUUAGAGUGUGGUGUUAAGCCAGAGUCAGUGGUUUGUGUUCUCAUUAAAACGUUUAAAUCCUAUGUCCAAUUCAAGCCUAUCUAUCUAACUACAUUUGGUAGGAUUAACAUUUCAUGUAACAAAUGGGGCUUAAUUAAAUAAAAACUUUAAAUAACUUUGAAUAAAGUAACAGGGAUCACUUUAUCUUCUGCCUUCAUUUACCUUAGUCCAAGAUUCUUGCAAAAUAGGCAACUGAACAAACAUUAGGUUUAUGUAGGUAAAAUGUGAAAGCAUUUCUCCUCCACUUUUUAAAAUUUAAUUUACCCAGUACAGCAGGGCACCAGAUUACUUGAUUUUUGUAUUUUGCAGUUUUGAGCCUUUGUGUCAAUCCCAAGCACAGAGAGGAUCUCUGCCAAGGAAAAACAUUUGCAUCUUCAGAGUAGACAUUUUGCAGUUUGUUUAAUAACUUCUAAAGUUGAAUUCAUCCAUUGUCACUGAUUGAUUCACCAAGUGGAUGUUGCAUUGUGGAAUUUGCCUGAGUACUGUUGUCAUUCUGCUCAGCCAGGCAUGGUCAGUUUCUUGGCCAGGGACAUUGCUGUGUGCAAGCUCUUUAGAAGAGAGAUUGGAUUUUCUUGGCAUUAUCAGCACUCAUGCUAUUUAGUCUACUUCUAUUUUGACUGACUUUAAAUUAGUACAGUUUUUCUACUUGUCAUAUAACUCCUGGAACAACAAUACGGGAAGCCAUGAUCCUUUUCCCUGACUCAUGAUUUUAUUCUUUUUCCAAAUCGCUGUUUUUUUGUUUUGUUUUGGUUUGGUUUUUUUGCUGCUCCAACGACCAGCAUGUGUUAGAGCAGAUCUCCAUGGUAAGCCAAAAGUGGACUUGUCAGCCUAUAACUACUCUGCAGCUGCCACUAACUCUACAGGCACAGUAAUACACUUUAUACAGGAGCACAAGCCAAAGUGCCUGGGAGGUGCCAAUAAAAUCAAUCAAGAAAUAAGAAAACUACAAAAAAAGAUACGGUUUAACCCUGGACAUAAUUUUUUUUUUUUUAGGGAGGCAGCUUUCCCACAUUUAUAAAUGGGGUUGUAAAUCUCAAGAGGUCAUUUGUUCCCAUAGCAGCAUAUCUCAUUUUUAAAUUGAAGCUCAUUAAAUAGGAUUUUACUACUCAACAUUCAUUAUACUGUUAAUCUUUGCUGAAAUAUAUGCUAACAACAAAUGUUAAGCAAGGGAAACUGAAGACUGAGUCACAUGGAUUGUUAGCGGUGAUCUGCAUUCUGUGAAAGAGGUACUUUCCCGUGAUGUAGGCAUGAAGUGGUGCCAAUAAGCAUAGAGCGGAAAUGUUGACUUUAGUUACCAUUGGGUUUAGCAUUUCCAGUGCAGCAUUAUCAGUGGGCCUUUAAAAAUACUUCGUGAGUACAUUAGCUUUCACUUUGUUGUUAAAUUAUAGCAGACUCAUUAUAGAGAACAAGUUUGCCUUGAUUUUGUUUAAAAUGACUUCUGCUAAGCACCCAGAAGAUAAAAUUGACAUAUUUUUAUAAUAUAAGCAUACUUUUUUUGUACAUUGUGUUCAUUCUUGAAUAAAAUGAGUUCUGUGUUGGCUUGUAGAUAUUAAAAAGAAAGUAUUGAUUUUGAUUCAAUAAAUGUUUUCUUUCAA